AUGUUGCGCUGGAUACUACAGAGGACAUGCUUCGCCAGCUGGCAAGAUCCCGAGACAGACCCCCUCCUCGGUCCCGGACCCUCGCACCUUCCCUUCCCCUCCCCAGAUACGAUCCUCACCGCCCCCAGACCCCGUCCCUCUCCUCUCUCCAACCUCCCUCAUACUCGCUUAAGCUCAGCCGGGCACACGACCUCCACCUCCCCAGAAACGCUGACGCGGCACUCAUCGGUCGGCGCGGCGCUCGCGAGCGGGAGUGGGCUGAGCAGUCCAGGUGGUGGUGGCGGGGCAAAUGGCGGUGCGGAAGGGAAGGAGAAGCUGGGAGGGAUCAGUAGAUUCUAUUCCCAACGCAUGCGCCCCCUCGCUCGCCCUUCUCUUCCCAACACCCCUACUCCAGCUCACCACGGCCACCACCGCUCCCAUACCCUCUCUUCCACCCCGUUUACGCCCUAUAUCGCCCCCAGCGGUUCCCACACCGUCCCCACAUCCCCUGCAGUUCCUCUGCAUUACUCCCCACCGCGCCCUGCCCACCCGUCCGGGUCCUCCCGCACGCGCACUCGUGCCGAUACCGACGGCAGCGGCGACGCACCUCGCCCGACGGGUAUCAGCCGGUCCAUCUCCGCCCCACUCUCCUUAUCGCUUCAUCUCCUCUCUAUGCGCAUCGCGUCCUCCGCCCAAUCACCGAGCAGAUCGCCAGUGAUCCAGACGCCCCAAAUCGAGGGAUUCGCUCCGCAUCAGCUGCCCAAUGGGGCUCAAACGGACCCGAGGAGCGUGAUGAUCUUCCGAGGGCGGCCAAGGAGCGCUACGACCUUGUCGACAGUCAAGCGCUCGGAGAGUCGGAGUGGCAGUGCAGGCGGGGUGGCCGGUGGUAGUACGACUACUAGCGCGGGAGGGAGUGCGAGAGGGAGUAGUACGGGCCUGGCGGUAACAAAGGGAUUGGCGGGGAUGCGGAGCGUAAGCGAUGAGGGCGUGCAGCGGCUCGAGCGGGAGGGAAGAGCGGAAGAGGGGAGAAUGGGGAUAGGGGCGGGGCUGGAGUGGACGGGCAGGAGAGGGAGGUCGCCUGGUCCGACGCGGAUAGGGAUGAGUCGGCGGACCACACUUUCGGCCGGUAUGCCCGCUAGCGGCGUUGUAGGGAGCGGAGGCGUCGGGAUGGGGAGGCAGGCGUCUCCACUCGGCCUAGGCGGUGCGGUAUCAGCGAGGGACGAUGGAUUGACGGGCGGACUAUCGGUCCCCCCUCCCCCACGAGCGGCGUCAAGCGGUAGCUCGAGGGGCGUCUCGCCCGAUAUGUGCCUCGAACUCGAGGCAUCGAAUAAUCUGCCGAUCGGCCGAGGCGAUGACGACGGCAAAGAGGGGCAAGAUGAAGAAGAGGGAGGAAGGGAGGACGAAAUGGCGGUAGUCAAGAAAGACCUCGGUCUGGCGGAGAUGUUUCGGCCCCUGGGACAUCGACAGUCCCGCUCGGUCGGUCGAAGGGGAGGCGGAAGAGGGUCGAGUGGGAGUAGACCACCGGGACGGGCGAGGCGGACGACGAACGAGUGA